GUGCUCGGUCGAUUUGCUUGGUGGUUGUGGCUCGCGCAAUUUCGGUUUUUAGAGACGAAUUCAGUGGCACCAAAGCAGCUGAAGCGCAUCCCACGUGAAAAAUAUAGCCACUACACUUCGAAAGAUUCACUCUACGGGUACCGGACACUUGUUUCGUCUUAUCUGCAUGUCACUGACAUCGGGACGCUGAUUACCCGCAUUUUUGGAAUCGUGUCACAACCGGCGUUUUUGAGGCAGCAAUGAUAUCAUACAACCAUCUCAACAUGAAUGGUCGAAGAGACAGGUCACCGAUGCGCGGUGACCGCAGCAUGGACCCGAGCCGGAUGCGCGGUGACCGGGAGCGGCCGCCGCGGCGCUUCCCGGACGAGCGGGACCGGGACCGGCCCGGGCCGCCCCGCGACCGGCCCGCCGCUGGCUCCGCCAGGCGUGGCCGACCUGAGCGUCGCGUCUAUGUCUCCAACAUUCCAUUUGACUACAAAUGGCAGGAACUCAAAGACCUUUUCCGUCACGAGGUCGGCGAGGUCUCCUUCGUGGAGGUGUUCGCCGACGACACGGGCAAGUCGCGCGGCUGCGGCAUCAUCGAGUUCGAGUCGGACGACUUAGUGGACUUGGCGCUGGAGAAGAUGCACCGCUACGACCUGCACGGCCGCAAGCUCGUCGUCAAGGAGGACUUCGGCGUGGAGCGGGACCGGUACGGCCGGAUCAUGCGCGACGGCGUGCCGCACGGCGAGAUCGGCGUGGGCGGCGGCGGCCACGGCGGCCCGCCGCGCGGCGACAUGGCGGGCCGCGAUGGCCGCCGCGGCGGCUACAUGGGCGACGGCGGCGGCCCCGGCCCCGGCCCAGCCGGGCCGCCCGGUCUGCCCGGACCGCCCGGACCACCCGGGCCGCCCGGGCCGCCCGGGCCGCCAGAGGCCAAGUACACCAACACGUACGGCCUCAACGUCAGCUUCCUGGAGAGCCUCGGCAUCGAGAGUCCACUGGUCAACCGCGUCUUUGUGGCCAACCUGAUCUACAAGGUGGACGAGAAGCAGCUGAAGGAGGUGUUCAGUCUGGCGGGCAAGGUCGUCUCGGUGUCGAUCAACAAGGACCGGGAGGGCAACAGCAAGGGCCACGGCGUGGUGGAGUUCGACCACCCGGUGGAGGCCGUGCAGGCCAUCUCCAUGCUGAACAACCAGAUGUACAUGGACAGGGUCAUCAGCGUGCGCAUGGACCGCGUGACGGACCGCAAGGAGCGUGACUCGGGCCCGGUGCUACCGCCCGGCCUGAAGGGCCUCGGCCUCGGGCUCGGCUCCAACGGCAAACCGUUGGCCGAUGUCGCCUCCAAGCUCGCGGAGUCUCCGCCGACGGCGGCCGCGGCACCGGCCGCCGGCGUGGCUGCUGCGCAGCUGGGCGGGCUGACGGCCAACCUGGCGGGAGCCAACGGUGCUGCCGCGCUCGGCCUGAUGGGCGCCGCGCCUGGCGCCGCCGCCGCAGGGUUCCCGGUGGGCGUCCCGGGCGUGGGCGUGUCGGCGGGCGGCGCCGGCGACGAGUCGCGCCUGGGCGGCCGCGGCGGCCUCGACCAAGGUCGGCCCGGCGUCGAGCCCGGGCGUGUUGGUCGCGGCUCGUACGGCGGCGGCGGAGGAGGCGGGUACGGCGCGUCUAUGAACUCCGGCGCGGACUACAACGGCUCCGCCAGAUCCUUCUCCGACUCCAUCAUCGUCAGCAACCUGGACCCGGGCUUCACGUGGCAGAUGCUGCGCGACCAGUUCCGCGACAUCGGCGAGGUGCGCUUCGCCGACAUGAAGGGUAAGGGCGUGGGCGUGGUGCGCUUCUCGAGCCCUCACGAGGCGCAGCGCGCCAUCAGCCUGAUGGACGGCGCCCGCUGCGACGGCCGCAUGCUGGACGUGCGCUCGUACUGAGCGGCGCCGGCGCCCGGCCGAGCGGA